AUGUCGUCACUCCACACACCAACCGGUUCACCUGCUCCCAAGAAGGUGCGCGCCGACGAGCCGCCCAUGAACGGCUCCUCUGACGCGCCUUCCGCUGCUCCGGCCAAGGCCCAGCCCAAGCCCCAGCAGAAGCCUCAGCAGGGCAAGGCCAAGCGCAAGCGCAACAAGCGCUACCUCCCCGACCCUUACUCUCACGGCGACAUCCUCCACCGCGACAUCGCCGACUUCCUCGGCAAGGAGUAUGUCGACGGUGUGGUCGCACGCGGGGACGAGAGCGAAUGGGCUGCGCCAGAGGGGCUGGAACUGCAGACCGUUUAUGAGCUGCGUGUCGGCGCAAUGGGCCGGAACGGCGACAGCAUUUCUCUCUUUGAGGAGGACGGCAAGAAGUGGGCCAUCGUCACGCCCAUGGCGCACCCUGGCGACCUGAUCCGCGCCAAGGUAUGGAAGCACGACCGGUUCCACAGUGUCGCCGACUAUGUCGAGACGCUUGAGUACUGUGACGACCUGCGCGGUGGCGAGGGCGAUCGCCGCAAGUUCCCGGAGGCCGGGUGCAAGUAUUUUGGCGUGUGCGGUGGCUGCCAACUUCAGGACGUGCCAUACACCAAGCAGCUCGAGCACAAGAAGCGCACUGUCGACCUCGCCUACCAGCGCUACUCGGGGCUCGAAUCUGGCAAGGUGCCCGCAAUCCUCGACACGAUCGGGUCGCCCAAGCAGUGGGCGUACCGUACCAAGAUCACGCCCCACUUUGACGCAAUGCCUAAGGCUGUGCGCGCUGCUCAUGCGUCAGAGGAAGAGGCGGGUAACCCUCCCUCGUGGGUGCCCAAGAUCGGCUUCAACACCAUCGGUGGGGGCCGUGUGGCCGACAUCGAGGAGUGUGUGAUCGCAACUGGCGUCCUCAACGCCAAGCUCACCGAGGAACGGCAACGCAUCAGGGAUACGAUCGCAACGUUUAAGCGUGGCGCGACUCUGCUGUUGCGCGACUCUCUGCCAGCGCCGGACCCGCUCCCCACCGCCGAGAACCCCUUCGACCCCUCCACGCCAACUGACACGGCGCACAUUGCUAUUACAAACCACAAGCAGCAGGUGUACGAGCGCGUCGGCGACUUCUUGUUCUCAUUUGCCGCGGGCUCGUUCUUCCAGAACAACAACUCCAUCCUCAUUCCACUCACCGACUACGUCAAGGCUGCCAUCUUCCCGCCAGGUAUGACAUCCAAGCGGCCGACUCACCUCGUCGACACGUACUGCGGCUCGGGUCUGUUCGGGAUUACACUCUCCCCGGAGUUCGAGCGGGUUGCUGGUGUCGAGAUCUCACAGGACUCGAUCACGGCCGCCAAGGCCAACGCCGAGAUGAACGGACUCGGGACGAAGACAACGUGGCUGUGCGGCAAGGCCGAGGACAUCUUUGGCGGGCUGGCUGAGGCCGGCUUUGGAGGCGACCACUCGUGUGUCGUGAUUGACCCACCACGCAAGGGAUGCGACACGCCGUUCCUCGAGCAGCUGCUCGAGUUCCGCCCUCUCACCGCCGUCUACGUUUCGUGCAACGUGCACACGCAGGCGCGCGACAUUGGGUGGUUCGUGAAUGAGAGCGAGAAACGCGGUGAGGGCAAGUGGCGGUACGAGCUUGAGAGCCUGCGCGGCUUCGACCUGUUCCCGCAGACUGCGCAUGUGGAGAGCGUGGGUGUGUUGCGGCUGGUUGAGGAGGCAUAA